ACUCGCAUAUUAAACCAGUAAAACGGGAAACCACUCUACGCGAAAAUGCGUUCAGCGACAUUCGGUGCCAACUAGUGUCCCGGCCCCGCGAAACCCACACAUCCCACUACAAAGCAACAAUGGACCACCUAAAGCCAGGAGACUCUUGCCUCGAAUGUUUGGAACUCGGCUUAGAUCACAAGCUGCGCCUAUUCUACAUCAAUCUUGACGAGGAACUGCUCAAGUGCGAGUCUCGUACUUGUCUCUGGCCGCACAAUGACGAGGUUUCUUCGGAUGAGGAUUUUGACUUUGGGGAUCCUUCUGAAACUGAUCUGAGUCUAUCUGAUGGACCGAGUGCAAACCCGCCAGCACAUCCCGCUGCGAAAACGUCUGAUAAGGUGGAAUGUUCCUAUUCUGCAGAUGCUUCAUUGCCUGCAACGGCGGGGAACGAUGACGACGACCAGUUCAUUUUGGAGUUGCUAAAGCAACUGGAUCCAGCUCCGCAAAUGGUACCUAUGGAGCCUUCACUGCCCGAUCUGUCCUCUUCAGCCCAUACUGAAGCAAAGAUUCAGCCAGAUUUUGACAUGCCGAACCUAAUGGAUUUCAAUAUAGACUUUCCUGUGUCUGUACCUGCUACAGAAACCAAAUCCGUUACAGAAUCUCCAAUAGAAUAUAAGGAAACAGACCAGCCGCCUAUGAAGCUAAAGCUUCCAGAAAAAAAGGGCGCACUGCUGAAAAAUCUCAAAAGCCAAUUGGCGGAUAAACUCAACAGUUCGUCGGAAAAGGAAGAGAAAAUUGAACAAAAAGUGAAUCCAAUUCCUGCUGAUAUCAAGCCCCAAAUUCAAAAUAACCUGCAGAUAGAUCCCUUUAGCAGCCCGCUGAAGAAAGCGUCCACUCAGCCGCGUAGUCCUCCACCGGCCUUAAAUGUUAUCAUCAGUAUUCCGGAGCUCAAAAAGCCCAAUUCCUUUCUGGACGCUAUUAAACGCCAUGACAAAGAGCGAUCAUCAGCGGCUCGGAGACGUUACAGAGUCCCGGGACCGGCUGGUAGAGGCCGCUAUACCAAAGCUGUGAUGCAGUUAUUCGACAAUUUGGAGACCACGAAAGCAAAGCAAAGGCCGCCCCAACCUUAAGCGAUGUUGUUUCUUUUUUUUUAAGUUUUAGAAAUAAAUUUGCAUAUAAAAUAUGCAUAUACCAACCGGA